CCCUUCGCUUGGAGACUUUUGUCUUCAGUGUAACGAGUCCCACGCUGGCGGGAGCUCUCAGCGACUCCCGGCUGACGUCACACGACCGUUAACCGCCCGUCCACUCUAACGGCCGUGCGCACAUCCGGGUCAUAGAGCUGCUUUGGGACCAACGGCUACUUUUGGUGAUGGAGACGCUCUGAGGGUGACAGCGAAAAGUGAAGUCUGCCCAGAUGUUUUCUCUCGGUCAGGAAAACAUCUCCACCUCCCCUGCCUCCACCAAAGGACCAGUGAAAUAUGGAGAGCUCAUCGUGCUCGGGUGCAACGGCUCGCUGCCCAACGGCGACAAGGGGAGGAGGAAGAGCCGCUUCGCUCUGAGUCGCAGGAACAAGGCCAACGGCGUGAAACCGAGCACCGUCCACUCGUCCUGCACGCCGCAGGCUGCCAAGGCUGUGAGCAACAAGGAGCAGCACAGUAUUUCCUACACUCUGUCCCGGGCUCAGACGGUGGUGGUGGAGUACACUCACGACAGCAACACAGACAUGUUCCAGAUCGGUCGUUCCACAGAGACUCCCAUUGACUUCGUGGUGACGGACACGCUGCCCGGCGGUCAGAGCCAAGUCGACGGUCAAACGGUCCAGAGCACCAUCUCUCGCUUCGCCUGCCGCAUCAUCUGCCAAAGAAUCCCUCCUUACACCGUGCGGAUCUACGCCGCGGGCUUCGACUCCUCCAAGAACAUCUUCCUCGGGGAGAAAGCGGCCAAGUGGAGGACGCAGGACGGUCAGAUGGACGGACUGACCACCAACGGCGUUCUGGUGAUGCACCCGCGCCACGGCUUCAGCCAGGGCUCUACACCCGGUCUGUGGAGGGAGAUGUCCGUCUGCGGCAAAGUCUUCACGCUGCGGGAAACCAGAUCUUCUCAGCAGAGGGGCAAGAUGGUGGACUCUGAGUCUAACGAGCUGGUGGACGGGUCCCUCAUCGACCUCUGCGGCGCCACCCUGCUGUGGCGGACGGCCGAGGGCCUGGCGCACACCCCCACCGUCAAACACCUGGAGGCGCUGCGGCAGGAGCUGAACGCCGGGCGGCCGCAGUGCCCCGUGGGCUUCAACACGCUGGCCUUCCCCAGCCUCCGCCGCAAGGACGUCCUGGACGAGAAGCAGCCCUGGGCCUACCUGCGCUGCGGCCACGUGCACGGCUACCACGGCUGGGGGGGGCGCCGCAACCCGGAGGUGGAGGCGGAGUGUCAGGAGAGAGAGUGCCCCAUGUGCCGGACGAGAGGCCCUUACAAGCCGCUGUGGCUGGGCUGCGAGGCGGGCUUCUACGUGGACGCCGAGCCACCCACCCACGCCUUCGCACCCUGCGGUCACGUCUGCUCGGAGAAGACGGCGGCGUUCUGGAGUCAGAUCCCGCUGCCGCACGGCACGCACACCUUCCACGCCGCCUGCCCGUUCUGCAUCGAGCCGCUGGGAGGAGCGUCCGGCUGCAUCAAGCUCAUCUUCCAAAGCCCGCUGGACUAGAACCCACUCAGACGCUCCGUCUCAAGCCUUAAAAACAACAGCAUUGAGGACAGAACUGUAUACUUUGAGGUUUUCUUUCAUAACUUAAUAUUUUAUAACGUAAUUUAACUUAAUUUUGACCAAUAUAAAUGUAUUGAGUUGCCUUCUGUUUAUGAAUAUCAUAAAUGAUUCAGGCAGUGUUGUCUUCCUCUAAUGUGGUGAAAGUUAAUCCCUGGACACAUCUGCCAGAUGUUUGAUUUGCUUUAAACUUUAUUUAUUCCUCUUCAGUUGUGUGUUUUGUAAAUGAAUGCAGAAUUCCACAGCUGAUUACUGUCUCACCUCUGCCUUAAAGAGCCAUUAACACUGAGACAUGAUCUCUAGUUUGGCUUUAAUCGAGUGUUUCUGCACCUCACUGUGAUGCACUUCUUCUUCUUAAAGGGAUUCUUUUUAAGCAGGAAAAUGGAAAAAAAACUUGAACUGCAAUAUUUCUGCAUUUGAUCCUUUUCCUCUGAAAUCAAGUGACCUUCCUCUGUAACCUUUGUUGCCUCUUUUGGAUCCAGAAUAACUGUAUUUUAGCUUUUUAUCAUGACUUUACAAAAAUAUAUUCUUUGGGAAAAAACGUUUUUAAGCU